UGUUCUUAUGCUCUUUGGGGAACAAACCAAAGGCAAACAUAAAGAGUACUCUAGAUUUGGCGAUGCAAGCACAUCAAAUGACAAAAAAUAAAAGGAAUUCCAAGCCGAAAUGGAUUAAGCCAAUGUCUCGAAUGCAAAGAGGAAGUUUUGAAUGUGGAUAUUAUGUUAUGAGACACAUGACUACUAUUAUUUCUGCCAGUGUUGUGGAUUCGUGGAUGGAGAUAUUCAAUGUUCAAGACCCAUUUAGUGAACAAGACAUCAACGAGAUUCGAGAGCGUUGGGCAUUAUUUUUCUGCGAAGCAACUAGCAUUUAGUAUUUAUUUAGUAGAAAUUAAACAUUGUUAGCAUAUUAGAAAGUGAUAUGCAAUUUUGUUGCAACUUGCCAACUCUUGAAUUUUGAUGGUGUAAAAUGAUGUUUAAUUUUUGCUAGUAAGAUUAAUACUAUAUAUGAUUUUUGGAUAUUAUGGUUGUUUUGUGAAUAUUAUUAAAUAAUGGUUUUGUAAAAACAGCAUUCAUAAAUAUAAUAUGUUUAAAAUGUAAUGCAAGC